CACACGCUCUCCUUAAGUCUGUAGAAUCACAUUUAAGCUACUGUGUGUUUUCAUCUUCUCUCGCUGGGUUUGUGUGCUUUUUCUUCUGUGAAUGUUCAGACUUCACCUGCACUUCUGUGUUUGACUGCUGAUCAGUUGAAAUGAUGAAUUGUGUCAUAUGUCCUUCUGAAUGAUGCUGUGUUUUCUCCUCCUGUUUUCUGUUGUUGUGUUUCGGAUGAUAUCUUGUAGUAUUCAGAUGGUAUGAUGAGGGGUACAGGUGUCAUGCGUGUGCUGAUCUCCGUGUUCUGUGUGUGUUGCUGUGAAUCAUCUGUCCAGAGAAACAAACAGCGCUUCAGCAUUCAAGAGCUGACAGUCACUGGGGUUGACCUGAAGGAUUGUGGGAAACAGAAGAAUGUCUGUGUGAUGUCCAGCUCUGACUGUCUGAACACAGCGUCUGACGGGACACCUGAUGUUCUCACAUCACCUGAGAACUUUGUGAACACGUCGUGUCACUUCGUGAAGCACGAGGAGUCUUUCACCUGCCGCUGGAGUCAGAUGAGCCACGUCACAACCGUCAACACUUUCAUCAUCAGCAGAGAGAACGACAUCAUCUCCUGUCGCUCCAUUUUAAAUCCUUAUUCCAGUUUUGACUUCGUCAUUAAAUCUGUGAACGUCUUCAGUCAGAGAGAGAUCUUCUCACACGUCUCUUCUGUGAUCCUGGAUGAAAUCGUUCAGGCUCCUCGGCCGGUGAUCACAUCUGUGAACAGUACAGACACAUCAUUGAACGUGUCGUGGACCAGCAAGGACGUGACCGUCACUAAAUGCCAAAUCCGUUACAGACGUCUGGACACAGAGUCAUGGACGGAGAGUGUCGUGCUGGACGUUUGUGUGGAGUUUGUGCACAUCAUCUGUGAUCUUCAGCCCUUCACUGAAUACAGUGUGAGCGUCUGCUGCUGUCACGAGUCAGGCCAAUGGAGUCAAUGGAGUUCUGAAGCUCGGGUCAUGACCUCAGAGACCAUGCCGCGAGCAGCUCCUCAGGUCAGUUAUUAUCUGGCUUUGGACAGAACCUCAGGAAGCCGUCAGCUGUGGAUUCUCUGGAAGGCUUUGGAUCCAUCAGACGCCGGCGGGAUCAUUCAAGGAUAUGAAGUGUCCGUCACUCGUCUCUCUGAGCGCCGAAGCGUCCGCACAUCUGAUCUGAAGGUGUGUGUGCCUGUUGUGUCAGAGGAGUAUGACAUCACUGUGACGGCGUAUAACAGAGCCGGACGCUCACCCUACCAUCAGCUCAGAGUCAGUGCAGAUCAUCUUCAGGCUGUGUCUGUGGUCGAGGGUCUCUGGGUUUCUUCAGAGGGUCUCUCACUCCGUCUCCACUGGAUUUAUGACUUGACCGCAGUGAAUGUGAGCGAGUUUGCCAUUGAAUGGAGAUCUUCUUCAAAGCCGUCUUCCGGCGGAUGGAAGCGAGUGAAUGGAUGCUACUCAUAUGCACUUCUGUCAGGUAUUAUAUCAGAAGAGACGUACAGCAUCAGUGUUUAUUCCAUUCAUGGUUCUCUUUGUGGACCGCCGGUGUCCGUCUCCGCUGAUCUAAAGCACGGCACUCUGAUGGAUCUGGUGAGCUUUCGUCUGGUCAGCGUGACAAAGUCAUGUGUGACAGUGAAGUGUGUGUGGAGAGAGACGGAGCCGAGCGUUCAUGUGCUUCAGUACACACUGAUGAUAAAGGGAAAACAUCUGAGUCAAUAUCUCACAGUGUUUCCACAUAAAGAGCAGAACUCAUUCUAUAAUCUUCAGCCAAAUACCCAGUACACUCUUUAUAUUCAUGGACAAACAACCAGUGGGAAAGUUUCAAAGGCCAGUUUAGAUGUUAAGACGCCUCUCCUAGAUUAUGAUGACAUCAUCAAAUGUUGUGUUCCACUGGUUCUCCUGGUGCUUGGCUUCGGGAUCUUCUCAGUUGUAAUAAAGCGAGCGUGUAAAGAAUAUUUCUGCUCAGAUGUUGCUGACCCGGGUUACAGUCAGAUAGGACACUGGCUCCUCAACGCUCCACGUCAGGCUAACAGCAAGGUUUGUGUUCUGAUGCUGGAAGAUGUUUUCACCGUUGACCAGAGCGAGAAGAACGUCAUCCGUGUGGAGAGUCGUGUGUCUUCAGAUGAAAAUGUGAAGAUGUCCAGUAAAGGUGCAGAUGAGACCUCAGAUGAUGAGGAGAACAGCGUCAGACCCUCAUGUCCAGUGGAUUAUGUUGGUUUACCUGUCAUAACUGCUGAUAAUCUGGACUAUGUGCCCAGUUCUCUGUGAGAUGAUGAUAAACUCAUGAUUCACAUCAUACAUGUGUCUGAAAUCUCACACGCACUGAAGAUCAGAAGGUUUUUUUAUAAACCACAGCGUUUGCAAUCAGUUUAAAUGAUAUUGAAGACAAAUGAACCUGAAUGCUUUCAAACACCUUCAUGUCCAGAUUCACACAGAUUCAUUAAUCUGAAUACAUGACACAUAAAUCUGUUAAGAAAUAAAAGGUUUUAUUUUCAUUUUGAA